AUGACUCAAGACACCAGUUCUAAGAGUGUCCAGAAGCCCAGAGCAGAAACAUCUACAACCAGCCUGCUAUCAAUGAAGAGUGAUCAGCCACCUGCUUUCAGCCAGGAACCAUUACCAGAUGACAAUAAGGAAGUGGAGAGUUUGGACAGUGAGGAUGUAUUAAAGAUCACACACAACCUUUUGGACAUAAGAAGUCAAACUCUGCUGACAGUCCAACAAGACAUUAAGGCUAAACUGAAACACAAGUAUCAACACAUAUCUGAAGGAAUUGGACACCAUGGAAACCAAAGUUUGUUCAAGGACAUCUACACAGAGCUCUACAUCACAGAGGGUGGAAGUGGAGGGCUCAAUAAUGAACAUGAGGUUAGACAGAUAGAGAUGGCAUCCAAUAAACAAACCACACAAGAGACACCAAUCAAAUGCAACGACAUCUUCAAGCCUUUACCUGGACAAGACAAACCAAUCAGAACUGUGCUGACCAAAGGAAUCGCUGGUGUUGGAAAAACAGUCUCUGUGCAGAAGGUCAUCCUUGACUGGGCAGAGGGAAAAGCAAAUCAGGACGUUCAUUUCAUGUUUCCUCUUCCUUUCCGUGAUCUGAACCUGAAAAAGGACCAAUACAGUCUGAUGCAACUUCUUUCCCAUUACUUCCCAGAGCUGAAAGAGAUUGACAGCAUUGAAGAUAGUAAAACCAAAGCUGUUUUCAUUUUUGAUGGUCUGGAUGAGUGUCGACUUCCUCUAGACUUCAAAAACAAUGAGAAGUGCUGUGAUGUCAUGAAGCCAACCUCAGUGGACGUGCUGCUGACAAACCUCAUCAAGGGGAAUCUGCUUCCCUGUGCGCUCCUCUGGAUAACCUCAAGGCCUGCAGCAGCCAAUCAGAUCCCCCCUGAGUGUGUUGACCAGAUGACAGAGGUACGAGGGUUCAAUGAUCCACAAAAGGAGGAGUAUUUCAGGAAGAAAAUCACAGAUCAGAAUCUGGCCAAUGAAAUCAUCAAACACAUGAAGACAUCAAGGAGCCUCCACAUCAUUCCCCAAAACUCUGACCCAGAUGUACUCACACUUCAUUCUCAUCCAAACAUUGCGAAGAACAAGAAGUACAACAAAGCCACAGAGACAAACCCAAAGGAACUGUCUCAGUCAGACAAAGAGAUGAUCCUGAAACUGGCAAAGCUGGCUUUCCAACAGCUGCAGAAGGGCAACCUGAUCUUCUAUGAGGAGGACCUGAGAGAGUGUGGCCUUGAUGUCACAGAGGCAUCAGAGUACUCAGCAUUGUGUACAGAGAUCUUUAAAGAAGAAUCUGGGCUGUACCAAGAGAAGGUCUACAGCUUUGUGCAUCUGAGCAUUCAGGAGUUUCUAGCAGCAGUGCAUGCUUUAGAAUCAUGUCUGGGCAAGGAGGAAAGUGUUUUCCCCCCCAAAGCAGUCACUACUGAUGAUGAAGAUUGUGAUGAUGAGGAGGAGGAGGAAGAUGAUGAGGAGGAGGAUUAUGAUGAUGACGAUGAAGAGGAGUCAAUCCAGUUGUCUGACUUACACAGGAGAGAAGUGGACCAGGCCUUGAAGAGUGAGAAUGGACACCUGGACCUGUUCCUCCGCUUCCUUCUGGGUCUCUCACUGGAGUCCAAUCAGAAUCUGUUACGAGGCCUUCUGACACAGACAGGAAGGACAACACAGACCAAUGAGGAAACAGUUGAGAGAACUGUCAGGUACCUUUCAUACAAGAUCAAGGAGGAAUCCUCACCAGAAAGGAUCAUCAACUUGUUCCACUGUCUGAAUGAACUUGGUGCCAACACUCUAGUUGAAGACAUGCAGACCUCCCUGCGAUCAGGAACUCUUUCAGCAACAAGACUAAAACCUGACCAAUGUUCAGCCCUGGCCUACCUGUUACUGAUGUCAGAGGAGGUGCUGGAGGAGUUUGACCUGAAGACAUACAACACAUCAGAGGAAGGUUAUCAGAGGUUGCUGCCAGUAGUGAAAACCUGCAAGAGAGCACUACUGGAUGGCUGUAAACUCACAUAUAAAUCCUGUGAGACUCUGACCUCAGCUCUGCAGACACCAAACUCCCCCCUGAGAGAACUGGACCUCAGCUACAAUGACCUGGGAGACAGAGGAGUGGAGCUGCUCUGUGUUGGACUAACCAGUCCACUCUGCAACAUACAGACACUAGUUCUAGGUCAGUGUGGUCUGACAGAGGGUUGCUGUUCAGAUCUGGCCUCAGUCCUGAGUUCACCCAACUCACAACUGAAACAGCUGCAGCUGAGAGACAAUGACCUGCAGAACUCAGGAGUUACAUUGCUGUCUGCUGAACUGGAGGAUCCAGACUGUAAACUAGACACACUGGGGCUGUCUGGCUGUCUGGUCACAGAGGAGGGCUGUGCUGCUCUGUCUUCAGCUCUGAGGUCAAACCUCUCCCACCUGAAAGAGCUGGACCUGAGCUACAAUCACCCAGGAGUCUCUGCAGGGGGACUGCUUUCAGCUGCUCUGGUGGAUCACACAUAUAAACUGAAGCUGAAUGUGGAUCAUGGUGGAGAGUGCAGGCUGAAAUCAGGGCCGAGGAAAUAUGCCUGUUAUCUCACCCUGGACCCAAAUACAGCACACCCAAACCUGAUACUGUCUGAGGGGAACAGGAAGGUGACACAGGUGGUGGAGGACCAGCAUUAUGAAGACCAUCCAGACAGAUUGGAUCAUCCCCAAGUUCUCUGCAGAGAAGGCUUAUCUGGAGGUCGUUAUUACUGGGAGGUGGAGAGGGAUGGUGACGGGACUUUCAUUGGUGUGGCGUACAAAGGAAUGAAGAGGAAGGGAGGGAAGAUUGACCGUAGGAUUGGACUCAAUAGGAAGUCCUGGUGUUUAGUCUGCUAUGAUAGUGCUUAUAACUUUUACCAUAAUGGAGUCAUCAGAUACAGUCGACCAGAUACUUGUCCUGAUUCUGACAGAGUUGGAGUGUAUCUGGACUGGCCAGCUGGUACUUUGUCCUUCUAUAGUGUGUCCUCCUCUGGUACACUGACACACCUUCACACAGAACACACCACAUUCACUGAACCCCUCUAUCCUGGGUUUAUAAUGUACUCCUCCGACUACACCUCAUUGACCCUGUGUCCGAUAGAUGACCAACACAUUCAGAGAGACCAUGGUGGAGAGAGUUGGAUCAAACCUGGACCUGAGGACACCAGAGAAGAGUUGGAUCAAGCCUGA